AUGGCAAAAGUAGGUGAAGGAGAUCCAAGAUGGUUGGUAGAGAAUCGUGAGGAUGGUAAAAACGUAAACAAUUGGCAUUGGUCAGAGAAAGAUUGCUUCAAUUGGUCGAAACAAAAGUUCCAAACUCUGCUUGCAUCGCAGGUGAUCGUCGACAACGAGAAGCUGACAAUCAAGACUGCCACAACCGUCACCGUCACCGGUGAAUGUACAUCAAACAAUCGUAAAGGAAAAACAAUCUUCCUAUACGAAUUGGAAGUAAAAGUAUCAUGGGAAGGAUUUUUAAAGUCUGACGCUGAUAAGAAGAUUAAGGGUGACUAUGUUAUACCAUAUAUUAGCGAUGAGAAUGCAGAUGAGAAGGCAAGAGUAAAUGUGUCUUUGGCUGGAGAUGCAUCGGGUGACGAUGCCGACACACUCAAGGAUGCUGCCAGAAAAUUCGGUAUUCCAAUUUUACAAGAAAAAGUAGCACAAUAUGUAGUUGAUUUGAAAGAUCAAUUCACACUUAAAAAACCUGUACAAACAUCACCAACAAACACACCAGAACAAACAACAACUGCACAAACAACAGUUGAAAAACCAGCAGCAGUCGAGAAACCAAAGGUUGUUAGCAGCAACAGUGCUACCAAGUCAUUGAAGAUCAAGGAAGAGUUCCAAGCAUCUCCGAUGGAUGCUUACGAUGCCUUUGUCAAUAUCACCAAGAUUCGUGCGUAUACACAGAGCGAUUGCACCUUUGAGGAUCGUGAGGGUGGUAAGUUUGCAAUGUACGGUGGAUUCAUCUCUGGAACCAACGUACAGCUCUCGCCAGGCUCAAAGAUCGUUCAAAAGUGGCGUCUCAACACCUGGGCCGACACUGCUUUCUCCACCGUCACCAUCACAUUCACCGUCGGUGACAAGCCAGUAACUCAAGUCGAAAUCAACCAAACCGGUAUUCCAUCAGAGGAAUUCGAAAAGACAGAAGAAGGUUGGAGACGUAACAUUAUUGAGCGAAUGAAAAUGUCAAUAACAGUUAUAGUAAAUAGAAUAAAAAUGGAAAUUGUAAACGAACAAAUUCAGAAUUACAAUGGUAUCUUUAAUGAGCGUGGUAAUUGGGGAAAGAAUGAAUUGGAGUUUUAUUAUCAAGAUACAUUGGAUUGGAUGGAAACUGUAAAGAUGGAUAUUAUUUCAAAAUGUUCAUCAACAGCAACUGCUAAAAAGUUAUUUAUUCAAUCACCAUCGAAUACCAAAAAGAAAUUAUCAAUUAAAUCAUCAAAGACCAAUAGACAACCAUUGAUGCCAAUUCAACAAAAUGGAUUGAACAACUCAAGCAGUGGUAUCUCUGAAAAAGUUUCAUUCUUGCAUGUCGAUAUGAUCAAGUCGGUUAUGGCUGAGCCAAUCAAAGCAAGUCAUCAACUUCAUCAAUCUCAAAUCGAUGAGUACAAUAAUAAAUAUUACCAAGAGAAGGCCGCUGCCAUUAUCGUUCCAACACCAUCGGCUACCACCUCUUCCAGCAGCGCAUCGUCAUCAACAACCAAUCUUUCCAAGAAAACAACUGUACUUCUUGAAAAAUUGAAAGCUACCAUUGGUAACAAUAAUAACAAUCACAACAAUCAUAACAAUAAUACCAGUGUAUUACAUCAACAAUCGAAUAGUAAUAAUAAUAGUAGCAAUGAUAUUAGUCAACUUAAUAAUAUCUCUGUGAUCCAACCAUCUACCACCAGCAGUGUAAGUGUAGCUGCCACACCAAAUCAAUUCGCUGAGCGUAUACUUGGUCGUAAGAUUGGUGAGCAACAACAACCAUCAACAGCUGUUUCAGCUGCAAAGAAUACCGCUGCCUCUAUCGCCAUGGAAAAGAAAUUCGAAAGAUUACGCCAAAUGGAAAUCAAUUCUAACGAUGAAUCUGUCAUGAAGACAUCCAACGAUAACGACUUGAGCAAACUGCUAGAAUCUGAGGCAAAGCUCACUACCUCUGCUGCUCCAAAGAGAAAGGCUGAUGACACCAACACUGUAGAUCAACAAAAACCAACCAAGAGACUAAGUAAUGAGAAGGACAAGACUGCUGCAUCUGCUUCCAUCAACUUGGCAAAGGAAAUUGCCAGUAAAAAGAAAUUACAACAACAGCAACAACCAUCAGCAGUAUCAUCAGCACAACAACAACCAGUACAACAACAACAACAACAACAGAGUGCUGCAGCUAUCACUAAUAAUAUUAUUACCUCAACAAAGGCUGCUAUCGAUGCUAAGCUCAAGAAGGUAAAGGAGGACGAGAAGAGACGUCAAGAGGAGGAAGAGGAAAGAAUGAAAAAGAGAGAGGAGGAGCUCAAGAUUCGUGAAGCCAAUCGUCGUGCCGAUGAAGAAGCCAAGCUAGCCGAGAAGCGUAAAAAGAAUGACGAACGACUAAAGAAGAACGAGGAACUAAAGGCUGCCCAGCGUCAAGAGGAGGAGAGAAAGAUCCGUGAGCUCGAGGAGCAAGAAGCCACCAAGAAGAAACGUGAGGAGGAGAUGGAGAUCAAACGUAAGCUCGUCGAGUUGGCACAGAAACAAGAGAGAGCCGAAAGAAAGAAGGAGGAAGAGGAGCGUCGUCGUCAGUAUGAGAUUGCACGUCAACAGGAACUCCAACAAAAGCUACUUCGUCAACAAAAGACACCUGUAAAGACACCGAUUAAAGUUGCUACACCACACUCUACACAUCAUCAAAACGCAGCUUCAGCCGUCGUCCCAAGUAGUCCAUACGUCUCCAACGGUAUCAUUAGCGAUAUCUUUGGUAAGCUUGCACAUGCCGUUGGAUUAUCCAAUAACACAACUCCACUUCCCAAGUUUGACUCUGAAGAAAGAGAGGAUGUAGAGUUUGAAGAAGAGGAAGAAGAAGACGAGGAAGAUGAAGAAAUGGAAGAUGGUGAAGUUGAAGAAGAGGAAGAUGAAGAAGAAGAGGUUACAGACACUGAACAACAAGAUGAUAUAGAUGAAAUUGGAGGUUCACCGAUUAUGCCUCCAUUGCCAGUGACACCUUCGCCAGCCAAGAAGAAACAGUCAGUGAACUACUCACCGGCUUCCUCGUUGGCAUCCGACCAAGAAUCACCAUUGAGACGUGGUGGUGAGAACAGCUAUGGUGGAUUCUCACCGGAUGUCUUGACAAGUGUUCCAACAUUGCCAUCCAGUCUAACAGAGAGUCCAAUCUCUCCGGGACUAACUCGUCGUUUCACUGCCACUCAAAAGAAACACACAUCUCCAAUCCGAUACAAUCUCAAAGCAUUCGAGGAAUCACCUGUACAUAAUAAUAAUAAUAACAAUAAUAAUAACAACAAUAGCAAGAAAUCAAAUAUUAACAAUAGCAAUAGUAAUACUUCUUUUGAAUAUGAAGAUGAAGAAGAGGAAGAAGAGGAAGAAGAAGAGGAAGAGGAAGAAGAUGUAUUUGAAGAAGUUGAAGAAGAGGAAGAAGAAGAAGAAGAAGAAGAAGAGGAAGAAGAUAUAAGAGUUAUGGUGAAACCGAAAUCAUUCAACGAUGGAUUCCCUAUUGCAGAUUUGGAGCCAGAUGAAGACGACGAUGGAAUGUAUCUCGAAGAUGAAGACGAGAGUGUCGAUGAAUCGUUGAUUCCCGAGUGGGCCAAGGAUCCAGUGUUCUCAAUGGAGCUAAGAAAGCAAGCAACCAAACAUGUCGACCCAGAUACCAUUUUCCCAAGAGUAUCACGUGUUAUCCUUAGAGAUAUCUUCAAUAAGAAUUCACAUGAAGUCAUCAAAAAGUACGAUGGAAAUGUUUCACAAGAUUGGUCCAAAGACAGUCAUUCACUCAGUCAUUCAUUCUCUCUCUCUAGAAAGGCUGUCGUUUUCAAUAGAAUCAAUUACAAUUAG